GACCCGGAAAACCAGAUGUCUGGGCUUCAGUUUCCUCAUCCAGGUCCCCCAUCAUCCUCCAGCCUGUUUCCCGAUUGGUGUCUGAAGACUGAGUUCCCGGCUUCCCUUUCCCACGCGUGCGCGGGCUCGCUGCCUCAGUUUCCCGCUCAUUCCUGCAGGCUGAGUCCUCUCGUCCCGAUCCCCGGCUGCAGUUCAGUAGGAGGCGGCCCGGAGGUGGAGCCUAGAGAUCCUCAGGAGCGGAGGUCUCGGGCCUCAGUUUCCCGCUCCGAGUCCCCAGCACCCUCCAGCCGCUGCUCGGUGGGUCCCGCAGGAGCGCGCGCGCGUGCGCAGCCCGGGCCUCCGCUCUCAGUCCCCCUGCGCCCCCCGGCGGCGGCCGGCGAGAGCUGGGGUGUCCCUGCGGGGCGGGGCCGGGUCACGUGGCCGAGGGACGCGCGGGGCGCGGCGGCCAUGGCGGGUGCGGGGCCCGCGGGGAGUGGGGCGCGGGGUGCGGGGCCCGGGGACCUGCGCGGCCCGCUGCAGCCUGGCGGCGUCCCCGCAGCCCCUGAGCCGCUGUCCCCUGCGGGCGGCGCGGGCGACGAGGCCCCAGAAGAGGACGAGGAGGAGGCGGAGGCCGAGGAGCCCGAGCGGCCGCUGGCGGGCGCGGGCGGAGGACGCUGCGCGGGAGGCGGAGGCGCAGGGGGCAGCGGCGGAUGUGGCGGGGUCGGCGGGGCCGCGCCCGGGGUCUGCGGCCCGCUGGGAGGCGCGCUCACGCGGCGCGCGGUCACGCUGCGGGUGCUGCUCAAGGACGCGCUGCUGGAGCCCGGCGCCGGCGUGCUGUCCAUCUACUACCUGGGGAAGAAGUUCAUUGGAGACCUGCAGCCGGAUGGGAGGAUCGUGUGGCAAGAAACCGGGCAGGCGUUCAACUCCCCCAGUGCCUGGGCCACCCACUGCAAGAAGCUGGUCAACCCAGCCAAGAAGUCUGGCUGCGGCUGGGCCUCCGUCAAGUACAAGGGCCAGAAACUGGACAAGUAUAAAGCUGCCUGGCUGCGACGACACCAGCUGCACAUCCCCAUAGUGGUUGCUGAUGAGAGUCCAGCCAGCGAAGCGGAAGAGGAGGAGCUGCUGAUGGAGGAAGAUGAGGAGGAGGUGCUGGGGGGGGUCUCAGCGGAGGACAAGAGUCGGAGACCCCCUGGGAAGGGUCCCACGGAGACUGCGCACCCGGAGGCCACACCCCCAGGGAAGCGGGCAGAGAGUAAGAUCCGGGUGCCAGUCCCCUACUGCAUGCUGGGCAGUCGUGACUCUGCCAGGAGCCCCCACACCCUGGUGGAAGUGACCUCCUUCUCGGCUAUCAACAAAUUCCAGCCUUUCAAUGUAGCCGUCUCCAGCAAUGUGCUGUUUCUGCUGGAUUUCCACAGCCACCUGACGCGGAGUGAGGUCGUGGGUUACCUGGGGGGCCGCUGGGACAUCAACAGUCAGAUGCUCACGGUGCUGAGGGCCUUCCCCUGUCGGAGCCGGCUCGGGGAUGCCGAGGCCGCAGCUGCCACCGAGGAGGAGAUCUACCAGAGCCUGUUCCUGCGGGGUCUGUCCCUGGUGGGCUGGUACCACAGUCACCCGCACAGCCCGGCGCUGCCCUCACUGCAGGACAUCGACACACAGAUGGACUACCAGCUGCGGCUGCAGGGAGCCAGCAAUGGCUUUCAGCCCUGCCUCGCCCUGCUCUGCUCACCCUACUACGCCGGUAACCCGGGCCCCGAGUCCAAGAUUGCACCUUUCUGGGUCAUGCCACCCCCCGAGCAAAGGCCCGGAGUUUAAUCCCCAGUAUCCCUGACACAUGCGCAUAGUCUUUGUGCUUUGAGAUCUAAUGCCGUCCCAUGGUUUUCCAAGAAGUUUUUUCCUCCCUUUGUUCAUAUUUGUGGUGCUGGAAAUCAGAGCCAGGGCCUUGUGAAUGCUGCGGAAGCCUUCUGUCACGCAGUUACACCUGCACCUGUAACCUAAACUUCUAGUUCAGCUUCACAAAGCUUUAAGUAAAAGGUCCUUGGUGGACUUUAAAAAAAAAGUAAGUUGUUGUUGUUGUUGUUUUGAGACAAGGUUAGGGUCUCACUAUGCAGGCUGGCCUUGAACUCAGUUUGUAUCCCAGGCUGGCUUCAGAUUCGUAGCAAUCCUCCUGCCUCAGCCUCCAGAGUGCUGGGAUUACAGGACUGCACCACCACACCUGGCCCUCAGUGGAUCAUCCCGGGCUCCACAUCCCCUCUCCCCUCCCCACUUUCUCUUCCUCCUCUUUCUAAUUAUUGUAGUGUUGGGGAUGAAAUCCAGGACCUCGUGACCUGUCAGUCACUGAUCCGCACCACCAGUCCCAUUUGGGCCAACAUCUUUUUUUUUUUUUUUUUUAAGAGCAGAAUAUACGGGGCUGGGGAUUUAGCUCAGCGGCAUAAGCUCCUGCCUUGCAAGCAAGCAGUCGUGAGUUCGAUCCCUGGUGCCGAUAAAAAAAAGGAAAAAGACAAAAAAAAAUUAUAAAAAAAGAACAGAAUAUAUUCAUUGAGAGAAAGAAACUUCUGUCGGGAGAGAGAGACAGAAAAGGUCCCAAGUGGGUUGCUGGCCAACUUCUAAUAGUAUUGCAGGUCUCCAGUUCAACUCACUUCCUCCAGGAAGCCCUAGUGGUGUCCCAAGUACACGUGUUCUUUCUCUUUAUUUGCUUGGAAUCAGUCCUUUUUUUUUUUUUUUGAGUCAAGGUCUCUCACUGUGCAGUCCAGUCUGGUUUUUAGCUAUGUAUCCAGGCUGGGCUCGAACUUACUGCACUGCGAUCCUUCUGCCUCAGCCUUCCGAGUGCUGGAAGUACAGGUGUCCGCUAUCACAUCUCCUUUAAAAGAAAUCCUAACUUUAAAAAGAGAAAAAAAAUAAAACGUUUCUUUGCCCAGUUAGACCUCAGUUCCUGGCAGCCAGAAUCACGGUGUGAGAAUCAUCUAACGUUUGUCAAUUGCCAGGCAUAGUUCUGCCAGCGCAUUUGGCGUCUAGGGAAAUGGCUUGAUCUCUGUGAGUUUAUGAGAUUGGUACCAUGAUGAGGUCCAUUUUACAGAUUGGGUGAGCACAGAGCGGUUAAGUGAUUUGGACACGGGGGUUCAAUUUUUUACUGAAUUUACAUGUAUACUGCGUAUUUUUGUGGCUUUAGCAUAUCGUUGGUGCUCCACAAAAGUUUCAUAAAUACAAAGAUGAGCA